ACGUUAGUAUCACAAUAUCUGCAGACUGGGUCAGUCGCACCAUCAUUGUGUUUAAACAACAACAAAUUAAACUAUCAACUCGUCUCAUGUUUAUCGUAUCGUUUAUUAAAACAUUUUCUUUUAUUGAAAUAGGUUUUAGUGUUCGGCAAAAGACAAUAGUUUUUCUUCUAAAGUUUGAAUGAAUUUGAAAAAAUGACCAAAACGGUGGUCCAUUUAAAACACAAUGAAUUUGAUGUUGAUGCAAUUUUAAGUGAAUUGGGAGGUUUUGGAAAAUUUCAAAUAAUUAACUUUUCACUCAUCUGUAUAUCCAUAAUUAUAUCGGCUGUAACAUCAUUGACAUUCUUAUUUACGACAGGAAGUCUUAAUUAUCGAUGUAAAAUAUCAAUAUGUGAUGCCGAACCUGCUGAAUAUGAACCCCAUUGGCUUAUUAACGCCGUUCCAUAUGACCGUGCAGUUCCGGAAAAAUGUUUCCGUUACAUAAACACGAUCGAAAACACUUCGCAAUGUUAUGAUGUAAACUUGUUCAACACAACUAAUAGAGUUCGUUGUGACGAAUUCAUUUAUGAAACGGACGAAGUGACGUUGCUGAACGAGUUUGAUCUUACGUGUGAGGAAAAUGAGUGGAAGUUGACGUUUGUCGGUACUGUAAAUGGAAUUGCAUUGCUCGUGGCCAUCCCAAUUUUAGGUCAUCUAUCCGACAGAUAUGGUCGCCGUACGCUCUUUGUUCUUGGUUUAUUUGGCUCAGCCAUUUUCGGUUUAUUGAAGUCAUUUUCAAGCACAUACACGAUGUACAUUCUGUACGAGUUUCUCGAAGCUGCAAUAGGAGCAGGAGCGUAUGCUACGUCAUUUAUAUUAGCAAUGGAACUGCUAGAACCGAAUAAACGUGUCAUUGGUGGAACAUUAAUAGCCUGCAGCUAUACAAUUGGUGAAAUUUUGUUGGGCGUUAUCGGAAUGACUGUUACAAAUUUUCGGUCACUGUUACGAGUAUCGUACACACCGUUGCUUGCAGUAAUUUCUUACUUUUGGCUUGUGCCAGAAAGUGUGCGGUGGCUGGCGAUUCAAGGUAGAAGAGAGGAGGCUACAAAAGUUAUUCUACGUGCAGCCGAAACAAAUUCAAUAAAAUUAUCGGAUUACGUUCUCGAUAUGAUCAAAGCGUCGAAUUCUGCUACAGAUAAAAAUACCGUCACAAUUAAGAAUGACGAAUCCAGAGACGUUGACUGCACAAAACAGCAAUCAUUUUUCGCUAUUUUUCGAUCAAAAAUUCUUCUCAAAAGACUCAUAAUUUGCUCGUUUUGCUGGAUUACGAACGCUCUAGUCUACUACGGCCUUAGUUUGAAUUCGGUGAAUUUGGCUGGUUCCAAAUACAUCAACUUUAUGCUCGUUUGUGCUGCUGAAAUUCCGGGAUAUUUCAUUACCGUUAUGGUGAUGGAAAAGGCAGGCCGAAAAUGGUCUCUAUGCGGCUCAAUGAUUGUAUGUGGCAUUUCCUGUCUUGGAUCUGAAUAUUUGCCAGAAGAUGAGCCCAUCUUUCGAUUAGUAUUGUUUCUCAUUGGAAAAAGUGCAAUUACCGUAUCGUUCACGGUGCUCUACGUUUAUACGGCCGAACUUUAUCCGACAAAUUUAAGGAGUAGUUUAAUGUGUGCCUGCUCUAUGAUUGGCCGUGUCGGAUCGAUAGCGGCUCCACAAACUCCGCUUCUUGUCCGGUACUAUGCAUCUUUGCCGUUGCUGUUGUUUGGGAGUAUUUCCAUAGCGUCUGGAGUGCUGGCAUUAAGAUUUCCCGAAACUUUGAACACAAAUCUACCGGACACUAUUGAAGAAGCUGAAGAACUGGGAAGACAUUCUCAAGACACCAAGGUGUAAUUUUUUGUGAUAUUUAUUAACUUCAAUUCAAAGUGCUGAUUUUGUGUGUGAAUGGGUGUGUACUGUGCAGACAUUUGUGAUAUGAUUUUUGUUAAAUUUUUAUGUUAAAUUUUCGACACAAUAAUAGACGUAGCGUAAAUAAAUAUUGGUUACAACA